GCGAGGCGGCCUGCGACGCGGCGGACACCGGCAGGCGAGAGCCGGCGCGGGCAGUAGGCGGCGGCGGCAGCUUGUUGGCGGCGUCGGCGGCGAGGAUGCUGCCUGGGAGGCUGUGCUGGGUGCCGCUCCUGCUGGCGCUGGGCGUGGGGAGCGGCAGCGGCAACGGCAGCAGCGGGGGCAGCCGGCGGCGCCGCCUCCUCGCGGCUAAAGUCAACAAGCAUAAGCCAUGGAUCGAGACCUCAUAUCAUGGAGUCAUAACUGAGAACAAUGACACAGUCAUUUUGGACCCACCACUGGUAGCCCUGGAUAAAGAUGCACCAGUUCCUUUUGCAGGGGAGAUCUGUGCAUUCAAGAUCCACGGCCAGGAGCUGCCCUUUGAGGCCGUGGUGCUCAACAAGACGUCGGGAGAGGGCCGGCUCCGAGCCAAGAGUCCCAUCGACUGUGAGCUGCAGAAGGAGUACACCUUCAUCAUCCAGGCCUACGACUGCGGGGCCGGGCCCCGGGAGACAGCCUGGAAGAAGUCUCACAAGGCCGUGGUUCACAUCCAGGUGAAGGAUGUCAAUGAGUUUGCUCCCACCUUCAAAGAGCCAGCCUACAAGGCCAUCGUGACGGAGGGCAAGAUCUAUGACAGCAUCCUGCAGGUGGAGGCCAUCGACGAGGACUGCUCCCCCCAGUACAGCCAGAUUUGCAACUACGAAAUUGUCACCACAGAUGUGCCUUUUGCCAUUGACAGAAAUGGCAACAUCAGGAAUACUGAGAAGCUCAGCUAUGACAAGCAACGUCAGUAUGAGAUCCUGGUGACGGCGUACGACUGCGGACAGAAGCCGGCUGCCCAGGACACGCUGGUGCAGGUGGACGUGAAGCCAGUGUGCAAGCCUGGCUGGCAAGACUGGACCAAAAGGAUUGAGUACCAGCCUGGCUCGGGGAGUGUGCCCUUGUUCCCCAGCAUCCACCUGGAGACCUGCGACGGUGCCGUGUCCUCCCUCCAGGUCACCGCCGAGCUGCAGACCAAUUACAUUGGCAAGGGCUGUGACCGGGAGACCUAUUCUGAGAAAUCUCUUCAGAAACUGUGUGGAGCCUCCUCUGGCAUCAUUGACCUUCUGCCAUCGCCCAGUGCAGCCACCAACUGGACUGCGGGACUACUGGUAGACAGCAGUGAGAUGAUCUUCAAGUUUGACGGCAGGCAAGGUGCCAAGGUCCCCGAUGGGAUCGUCCCCAAGAACCUGACGGACCAGUUCACCAUCACCAUGUGGAUGAAGCACGGCCCCAGUCCAGGCCUGAGGGCUGAGAAGGAGACCAUCCUCUGCAACUCGGAUAAAACGGAGAUGAACCGGCAUCACUACGCGCUGUACGUGCACAACUGCCGCCUGGUCUUCCUCCUGCGCAAGGACUUCGACCAGGCGGACACCUUCCGCCCCGCCGAGUUCCACUGGAAGCUGGACCAGAUUUGUGACAAAGAGUGGCAUUACUAUGUCAUCAAUGUGGAGUUUCCUGUGGUUACGCUGUACAUGGAUGGAGCCACAUAUGAGCCUUACCUGGUGACCAACGACUGGCCCAUUCACCCAUCUCACAUAGCCAUGCAGCUUACUGUUGGUGCUUGUUGGCAAGGAGGGGAAGUCACCAAGCCCCGGUUUGCUCAGUUCUUCCACGGCAGCCUGGCCAGCCUCACCAUCCGCCCUGGCAAAAUGGAAAGUCAGAAGGUGAUUUCCUGCUUGCAAGCCUGCAAGGAAGGGCUGGAUAUUAAUUCCUUGGAAAGCCUCGGGCAAGGAAUAAAGUAUCACUUCAACCCCUCGCAGUCCAUCCUGGUGAUGGAAGGGGACGACAUUGGGAACGUCAACCGAGCGCUCCAGAAGGUCUCCUACAUCAACUCCAGGCAGUUCCCGACAGCCGGCGUGCGGCGUCUCCGAGUGUCCUCCAAAGUCCAGUGCUUUGGGGAAGAUGUGUGCAUCAGUAUCCCUGACGUGGAUGCCUAUGUGAUGGUCCUGCAGGCCAUUGAGCCCCAGAUCACCCUCCGGGGCACAGAUCGCUUCUGGAGACCUGCCUCCCAGUUUGAAAGUGCCAGAGGAGUGAUCCUUUUCCCCGACAUCAAGAUCGUGAGCACCUUCACCAAGGCUGAGGCCCCUGGGGACAUGAAAACCACAGCCCCCAAAUCGGCAGUGCUAGAAGAAAUGCUGCACAACUUGGACUUCUGUGACAUUCUGGUGCUUGGAGGGGACUUGGACCCAAGGCAGGAGUGCUUGGAGCUCAGCCACAGUGAGCUGCACCAACGGCACCUGGAUGCCACCAACUCCACCGCAGGCUACUCCAUCUACGGUGUGGGCUCCAUGAGCCGCUACGAGCAGGUUCUGCGUCACAUCCGCUACCGCAACUGGCAUCCGACGUCUCUGGAGGCCCGGCGGUUCCGUAUCAAGUGCUCUGAACUCAAUGGGCGCUACACUAGCAAUGAAUUCAACCUGGAGGUCAGUGUCCUCCACGAAGUCAGAGUCUCAGACAAGGAGCAUGUCAACCACCUUAUCGUGCAGCCUCCCUUCCUCCAGUCUGUCCAUCACCCUGAGUCUCGGAGUAGCAUUCAGCGCAGUUCAGUGGUCCCGAGCAUCGCCACAGUGGUCAUCAUCAUCUCCGUGUGCAUGCUAGUGUUUGUCGUGGCCAUGGGCGUGUACCGAGUGCGGAUCGCCCACCAGCACUUCAUCCAGGAGAGCGAGGCUGCCAAGGAGGCCGAGAUGGACUGGGAUGACUCUGCUCUGACCAUCACGGUCAACCCCAUGGAGAAACAUCAAGAACCAGGGCACGGGGAGGAGGAGACCGAGGGAGAGGAGGAGGAGGAAGCGGACGAAGACCUGAGCUCCAGCAGCAGCGACUCGGACGACAGCGAAGAGGAGGAGGAGCCAGGCACGGGCAGAGGCAGACACGAGCAGAGCGGCGCCAGGCAAGCCCAGCUGGAGUGGGACGACUCCACCCUGCCCUACUAGUGCCCUCAGGCCUGCUGCCCAGCCCGCGUGUCCCUUUUGUAAAGCCCGACCCAGUGUAUGCCCGAGUCUAUCACACUCGCCUCCGAUUUCGAUGACAGGUCUGGGUGGCCUUCUCCAGCUUCCUAGGACCUGCCCUACAUGCCUUGGGCACUGCUUGUGUCCAAGCAAAGAGCAGCUCCAAGAAGCCCUGUGUCAUCACCAGUGAAACUUCAGGGUGGACUUUGUCCUGUGGUCCCCACGUCUCCUGCCCUGGGCUCACCCAGGCAGCCAAUCUGCAGAGUUCCAAACUCCUGCUCCUUCCUGCAGGGAAGAAGGUCCACCCUCGUGUCACUCACUCCCCCGCUCAGUGCUCCCAAGGCCGUUGGGUUCCGACUCACUGUGCACACACCUGACUUAGUGUCUCUGUCCACCCACCAGCAGGUCCUCCCUGUGCUGCCUCUCCAGGUUCCUUCACACAGGGUGGGCAGCAGGACUUCGCAUAACUAAGGUCCUAGGACUUAGCCCUGGACAGAAGGCCCCUGUUGACAAGGAAUUGAGUUUACAGGUGAAGGGACGCCACACACACACACACACACACACACACAUACACACACACACACACACUGUCCCCAGCCUGAAGAUCCUUUCCCUUUGCCUCUUUCUGAGGCCACUUGAGCUUAUAUGUCAAGUCCAAAACCAAGAGUUGGUCUUUGGCCACAGCAGAGCCUGUCCCCAGUCAAAAGGGCCAGCUUGCCAAGGGUGUGCUGAGACCUGUGUGGUUGCCCUGCCUGGCUGCUCGUCACUCCAAACCACAGCGCUCAGGAAGCGUUCCACCUGGACCCUGCCCCCCGAUGCCACAGCCAGGGAGGAAGGAAGGGCUGACAGAGGGACAGGUCAGGCUUCAUGGCAGACAGCUGUGGGAGACAGGGCGGGCUGGACUCUCCGGCACAAGGGCGGCCCCCAGGUUGGCAAGGCUGUCUCCACCGAGCCUCGCGGUUCCUUCUCUCCUAUGCCAUGCUGUUUUCCUCUUGAGAGUGGACGCCCCUCUCCGAUGUAUGAGAACAUAAGUGAACAGUAGUCAUCAAAGAUGAAAGUUUGGAAGUUUAACUGCUGGGAAUUAGAAAGUUAUUUGCAAUAAUAGCAGCUGCUUCUUUCUUCUCAUAGAAGAAGGACUA